AUUUCUAAAAUAUGUUUGCUUUCAAUCAUUGCUUUUGCAGGAUUUCAGGAUCUCAACAUUUUCGAUUCAAUUCAUAAAAUAUUUUUAAAAUACUUUUCGAGAUUGUUGGCACUGUAUUCAGGACUUUCAGUAGCCUUUUAUGUAUCAUAUGGCGAAAUUUACACCGUACAUAGUGAAUCUUAUGAAACAAGAGAAGCUUUUUGCAUCCCAAGGGGGUCCAUUAUCUUUGACCAAACAGCCAUUGCUUGUGAUCGUGAUUUCGCGAACUCUAGCGCCGUCGUCUUAUUCAUCUUCAUACUUCAACUCAGGGGAACUUCGGGUAUGCAAGAUGGAAAGGGUGGUGGUGUUUCUGCUGCAAUCAAGGAUCUGGUUGGUGGAUACUAUGAUGCUGGAGAUGCCAUCAAGUUCAAUUUUCCGGCCGCUUUUUCCAUCACUAUGUUGAGUUGGAGUGUUAUUGAGUAUAGUGGUAAAUAUGAAGCUACCAGGGAGCUUGAUCAUGUCAAGGAAAUCAUUAAAUGGGGGACUGAUUAUUUUCUCAAGACAUUCAAUAAUACUGCUGAUACCAUUACCACUAUCGCCGCUCAGGUAACCUACCAUCUUGAUUUUUUAUUUGGAUUUGAUUCUCUAUUUUAUGUUUAUUUCAUUCUAUUUUGGUUAUCGCUGUGGGUUUAUAUUUCUGUCUGUAGUGUCUAUUAUGAUAUACGUAGUCGAUUUUAUACGUAGUUGAUUUCUGGAAAUCUUUGUGACUAUGGAUCUCAUGUGUUCGGUGUUCU